CCCACCUCUGCUGAUAUAUUCAUUCCCUUCGACGUCGACAUUACCGUGCACGAUCAGAGAAAGAAGUUCUUCAGCGUUUGCUUCAAGGACUCCAUAUUUGGAUAGAACAGACCUCUCUGAAGAUGCAGAUUUUCGUCAAGACCCUCACGGGUAAGACCAUCACCCUCGAGGUUGAGUCUUCGGACACCAUCGACAAUGUCAAGUCCAAGAUCCAGGACAAGGAGGGUAUCCCCCCUGACCAGCAGCGAUUGAUCUUCGCUGGUAAGCAGUUGGAGGACGGCAGGACCCUUUCGGACUACAACAUCCAGAAGGAGUCCACCCUCCACCUCGUCUUGCGUCUCCGAGGAGGUGCCAAGAAGAGGAAGAAGAAGAACUACACCACCCCCAAGAAGAUCAAGCACAAGAGGAAGAAGGUCAAGAUGGCCAUCCUCAAGUACUACAAGGUCGACUCUGAGGGCGGCAUCAAGCGUCUCCGAAGGGAGUGCCCCCAGCCCACCUGUGGUGCCGGUGUCUUCAUGGCUUGGCACAAGGACAGGCAGAGCUGUGGAAAGUGUGGUUUGACUUACACCUUCGCCGAGGGUCAGAAGAACCCCUUGCUCUAAGCAACUCUGACGAUCUGAGCCGGUCUCGUAUGAUGUUUCGGGUGCUUCGUUUGUAUCCGACGUUGAAUGCGUGAUUAUGCCAAUCCUCACCCAUUUCGAUGGUCGAACGUCCGAAUCAUCCAUAUUGAGUCGGGCCCUGUUUGGUCGGCGCCGUUCUGAU